UUCUGAGAACUGCGAGAGGUACAUCGUCGGGGGAGCGGACGAAAACAAGCGAUGCUCAAGGGUGAAGGUUCACAUUCCUUCGUUGAUUGCCGUUUCCUGAAAGGGAGGAACGCGAGGGAGAAACGCCAGAACGAGGAGACGACUCGCCGCUCCUCGUCGUCCUGUCAUCGCUCUCCUCGAUUUCUCGUAAUUUUGCGAUUCUCGGUGGCAUCUUCAUUUCUACUAUCGCGCGGAUAUCCAAUCCACGGGAACGAUCAGAUCCGUUCCCCGAUUAUUCCAUUGGGGAUGUUGGCGCGAGCAUCCGCCACUGGCAUCAUCGUCGACGAUCGUCAGAACAAGCGACAUCCUUCCAUAGACGUAGCAGUAGUAGAAAGGAAAGCUGCUGGUACCCUUAGGAGAUGUCUUACAGCGAUGGCGCGCGCCCAAUACGAAAAUUCGGCACGAAGUCGCCGAAGAAGCUGUGCGUGACCAAGAGUGAGAACGGGGACAAGACCACAACGACGGUAAACUGCGGUGGUCAUCAUCACAAUCAUCACUAUCAUCACAGUCAUCAUCGUUUCCUGGACGGCUCCCAGCCGUCCGUGCAUAAGCGUAAUCUCUACGUUGUCUCCUUCCCACUGAUACUGCUGUUCAAUGUGUUAAGGACUCUUCUAUAUCAGUUGUUUAUGGUGUUCAAGUAUCUGUAUUCCUCGACGUCGCAACUGAUCCAGCGUAGACAGGCGUCCAAACAGGUCUGCCAGUUGGAGAUUGUUGUCGGGCAAAAGCCAACGGAUGGUCGUUUGACCAACAGUGGUCAGGUGGAGGGAGAGAUCAUGUCGCAAGUGCCUAGGCGUCCGAUCGGACCGGGUCCUGGGGAUCCGUUGCUCGCUAAGCAGAAGCAUCAUCAUCGUAGAGCAUUUGAGUUUAUCAGUAAAGCACUCAAGAUCGAUGAGGAUAAUGAAGGUCAGAAGGAAAUGGCAAUCGAGUUAUACAAGAAGGGCAUUGGAGAACUUGAAAAGGGAAUAGCUGUGGAGUGUACUGGUGGACAUGGCGAAGUAUGGGAUCAUGCGCAAAGACUUCAUGACAAGAUGUGUACAAACUUGGCAAUGGCGAAAGACAGACUUGACUUCUUGGUGAGUGUGUGUGAGCUGAGAAAGCUGGGUAUCAACAAUCAGUAUCGCCCUCCUGGAAAUAAAACGGACGGCAAACAUCCGGGAAGGCAUCUGAGGGCUCGCCACAAUAUACACACUUUUCAAACCAAUCAAACUUCAUUUAAUGCUAGUCAUACUACUAAGAACACGAACAAUAUAAACGUGACAGUUAAUAGCGGGCAGACUAUAUGUACCCAAAUUCCCAAGCUAAAGCCACGCUCGCCAAAAAACUGUCAUACUACUGAAGCGUCCGGCAGGAAGUUGUCAGUGCCUGGCAAACGAAUAACAGGUACGCCUUUGAGCAAGAGUCAAACAUUGCCAAGAAGCAUGGGCAGAUCGAUGCCCAUCCAACCUUGCCACAGGACCAUGCCUAUCAAACCAUCGUCCACGCCACCCUCUGUCAAGAGACAGCUGUCUGUACCCAGCAAUGGUUCGCCCAUAAGACGUCCAGGGACACCCACUACCUCAAAUAGUAACAGGAGCACGCCGACUAGGAAGAUGCCUGUCUUGAAAGGCGUGGAUCCGAAACUCACACAAGUGAUUCUCGAUGAGAUUUUGGAAGGAGGAGCGCCAGUUCAGUGGGAGGACAUCGCUGGCCAGGAGACUGCGAAGCAAGCUUUACAAGAGAUGGUGAUUCUGCCGUCGCUGCGACCUGAAUUAUUCACCGGUCUGCGAACACCCGCGAGGGGACUGUUGCUGUUCGGACCGCCAGGAAACGGAAAAACGUUGCUGGCGCGUGCGGUCGCGACUCAGUGCAACGCGACGUUCUUCUCGAUCUCUGCUGCUAGUCUGAUGUCUAAGUAUGUCGGCGAGGGUGAGAAAUUAGUAAGGGCCUUGUUCUCGAUCGCGCGGGAAUUGCAGCCAUCCGUUAUCUUCAUUGACGAGGUGGAUUCGCUGCUGAGUGAGCGAAAGGACAACGAACACGAAGCUUCCAGGAGAUUGAAAACAGAAUUCUUAGUUGAAUUCGACGGUUUGCCUUGCAACCCCGAGGAGAGAGUCCUUGUUAUGGCUGCUACAAAUAGACCGCAAGAAUUGGAUGAAGCUGCUUUGAGGCGAUUCACGAAACGGGUGUAUGUCACGUUGCCGAGUAUACAGACGAGAAUUAUAUUACUUCAGAGGCUUUUAGCGAAACAUAAUGAUCCAUUGAAACCCGAAGAGUUGAACGAGAUGGCAGUUUUGACAGAGGGAUACUCGGGAAGUGAUUUGACUGGUUUAGCUAAGGAUGCAGCACUUGGGCCUAUCAGAGAACUGAAUCCAGAUCAGGUGAAAAAUUUGGAUCUCAAUUCUGUUCGUAAUAUCACAAUGCAAGAUUUUCGUGAUUCCCUAAGGAGAAUUCGCAGAUCCGUUUCACCAGCAAGUUUGACUACUUAUGAGAAAUGGAACUUGGAAUACGGAGACGUGAGUCUUUGAUUAUUUAAGAUAAGUUGUACGGACUCUAGGAAUGAUGAUCACGUUUGAAUUAGAUAUUUAUAAUCCAAAAAGAGAAAAACGGAUUUACAAAAAACGUGUGCUUCGAAAAGUAAAACGAAAAUCGAGUAUAAUCUCGACACAAAAACAAUUUUUGCACUUUUACUCAGUAUUAAUGAACAAGAUAUCGCUAUUUAUAACGAGGACAGGGGGGGCUGCGGGAAGAUAAGGAAGACAAUUUUCCUUCAAUUUCUAAGAUACGUUCGUCUUAAAGACAGAGAAAUUACACGAUUGACUCGCGUGUGUGCAUGUAUAUUGUUAUUGUAUCUAACGUUGUAAAUGUAAUUGUUUUGUUUUUUACGUUGGAGUAAUCUCUUGUGACAAAUGACAAACUUACAUUUUGGCAGUGAUUUAGAAGAUACUUUACGUUCCAUUUUUGCUCAGAUAUUUUGUAUUUACAAUUUAGGAUUUAGCUUUAACAUUUAUCAUUUCAAUAUUAUAGAAACACAUCUUUCUUUAUUUAUAUUUAUUUAUUUAUUUAUACAUUUAUUAUUUUCA